GAAGGUCCCUAUACGAGGUAUCUACGUUUCUUUCAUAUUCAUUCAGUCGUUUGGGUAUUUGAAUAUACUUAUUCUUCAUACGACUCACGCCUUUCGUUGUCUUCCGAUUCCGAGUAUCGCGCUCUUCCUUCAGAAGAGCGAUCGCAAAAGUCCAUCACCAUGUUUCUACGAAACCUCCUCCAGGCCUCCGCCCUCCUCCCCUUCCUCUACACAACCGCCUCGGCGCAGACAGCAUGCAAUAACUCGCCGUCGUUAUGCGAAAAGGCCUACAACAAUAUCACGCAUCUCGGCGCUCACGACUCGGCGUUCCUGCGAGACGAAUCAACAUCCUUCUCCACCUCCGGCAACCAGUUCUACGACUCGACAACACAGCUCGAUGCCGGCGUAAGAUUACUCUCAGCGCAAGUGCACCUGAAGAACGGAUCGACGGGGUCGGAUGAGUGGCACCUGUGCCACAGCGACUGCGAUCUCCUAGACGCGGGCACACUCGAGAACUGGCUCUCCGAGAUAAAAACAUGGAUGGACGCCAACACCAACGACGUCGUCACCAUCCUGCUAGUCAACUCCGACAACGCCGCCGCCUCGGACCUAGGCUCGCAAUUCCAAUCCGCCGGCAUCGACAAAUACGCCUACACCCCCCCCUCAACAUCCACCAUUCCCCAGGAAUGGCCCACUCUGCAGUCCCUCAUCUCCAACAACACGCGCCUCAUGGCCUUCGUCGCCUCCCUGUCCACCCCCUCGUCCGACUACCCCUACCUCAUGGACGAAUUCACCUUCAUCUUCGAAAACCCCUUCGAGACCGCAGACCCCGAGGACUACUCGUGCGACCCCGACCGCCCCACGUCGCUGACUACAUCCGCGCAAGCUGCUAGCUCCGGCCGCAUGUUCCUCAUGAACCACUUCCUGUACUCGACGGCGCUGUUCGGCAUCGAGACGCCCAACGCUACCUACGUCAACGUCACGAAUGCACAGACGGGGCUGGGCUCGCUCGGCGAGUCGAUCAGCAACUGCACGGGUGUGUACAGCAAGGCGCCGACGUUCGUGCUGGUCGAUUUCUUCAACGUGGGGCCUGCGAUUGAGAGCGUGGAUGCCGCGAAUGGCGUCACGGGCGCGACGGGCAGGAAGAGCGUGCCGAAUGCGCCGCUGGAUGAGACGGAGACUGGUGGUGUGGCGGGGAGGCAGAGUAGUCUGCUCGCUGUGAUUGUGGCGGUUGUCGUGGCGGUGGGAUUUGGAAUGUAAAGGAAGGGCCGAAAAUACUCGCUUUGUUUUGUUGUGGGAGGUUUGGUCUGCGUUUGUUAUUGCAUGCAUGGCGACGGCGUUUCUGAGACCUGGGAUUUUGGGAAAAUUGAUUGGGUCUUGGCGGUUCCGGUCCCUGGGAAAUGGGAAUGGAUGGGACUUGAGCAUAGCGAGCGCAUCGGCGAGAAGUGCUCUUGCUAGCCAUGCAUGGACACGCAGCAUUUUUUGCAUAGCGAUAUGAAGUAAUGAAUUGGAAGUCUACAUCAACAACACUCCUCAUACAGGCCUUUCGUGCUAUGCUGUCCUGUGCUGUGCAGUGCUGCGCUCUGCUGUGUAACCACCCGUCCGCCCUGACGUGAUACGGACGGACUACGAGUACGUUACGCGGCCGCCUCCUUGCAUAGAU